AACUAAUCACAGUCGUACCUACAGCGCUACAAAACACAAAACAAUUUUAAUUAAAAAAUCAAACUAUUUACCAAACACUAUUUAGUUUAUAAUAGCGUAAAAUUUGCGUGAAAUUCAAUCCUUAUCGCGUUUCAUUAUAAAAUAAUUCAACAAUAUGCGGGUUCAUAUCAACGAUAAAAAUAAUUAGAAAUGCCAAAAUGGCGGGCCGGGCGCUGCAAAUUAAUUGUUUCUAAGAGAAAUCGCUGAAAAAUUCUUUAUCUCGCGGUAUUAAGUUAAUAAACUAUCGGAGUUAAUUAAAGUGUAAGUAUUAUUUCGAAUGCGGAGGCAGCGGGCCCAAAACGAGCAAGCCCAAUCCGGGCCUUAAUUGAUUGGUAACCCGACCAAAACGCGAAGCGGAACCUUCGCCGGCGCCGCCUCGCGCCGACUGACGCCCGCACCCGGCAGGCUUACACGCAAGCUCCCGGCUCCAACCGCCCAUCGCGAAAGCAUUCCAAAUUCAAACACAACCUCCCCGAUCUAACUAACCAAUGACAACGCGCUGCUUCAAAUUUCAGAUGCAAGCUCUACGCCCAUUGGAAAACGCCGACCAAUCGCUCGCGCGGCAUCCAUGUUCGUUAUUUUUUCCCUCGCCGGGCGUCGGGCGCGGUAGUCAUUCGGCCGCGCGCCGCGUUGGCGUUCGUAUCGCGCGUCACCAUGGAUUGUGCUCUGUGACAGUGCUAAGUGUUUGUGACUCGUGAAAGCAUGAUGCCUCUCGCACCGACCCCUGUGCUGGCGGUGCCGUCGAAGCCGAAGAUCGGUUUUAGUAUAGACAGUAUAGUGGGUGGCGGGCCGCCGAAGCACGCGUCGCCGCCGCUUGCGAGUCCGGGGUCUCCGUCGCCGGUGGCGUCUCCUAGGACACCUAGGAGUCCGUCUCCUAGGCUCCUGUUGCGGCCUAGCGCGUUGCCCGCAGUGUUUCCGUCGCCCGAGUUGAAGAGGCUGCCUUAUUUGGAAGCGCAGAGUCAUCACCAGCAGUUCUUAGCGCACUUCCAGGGUGCAGCAUUGGCGGCUGCCCUCGCGCACCAGCAGCAAGGGUUCGGCGCGCCGCUGCCCCCGCACCCCCCGCCGCACCCCGCACCUGUCCCUCGAGAGUCGUACCAGCUCUACCCCUGGCUUAUCAACAGACAUGGAAGGAUAUUUCCGCAUAGGUUUCCCGGGGGUCCAGACAUCCCCGGGUUCCUGCUACAGCCGUUCCGUAAACCGAAACGUAUCAGAACAGCCUUCAGCCCCUCGCAACUCCUCAAGCUCGAGCACGCCUUCGAGAAGAACCACUACGUAGUCGGGGCGGAGAGGAAACAGCUCGCACAAGCACUCAGCCUUACAGAGACUCAGGUGAAGGUGUGGUUCCAAAAUAGAAGAACGAAACAUAAACGUAUGCAGCAAGAGGAAGAGGCCAAAACGGGAACCAAAUCUGGUUCCUCGAGCAAACCAGACGAACAGUUCAACAACUCGUAUGAAGAUGAUGAGGAACUCAUUGAUAUGGACAUGGACGAACUAAGUGAGAGUGAAAACGAAACGUAGGAGUGACAUAGACAAUCGACUGUAAAUAUCUAUCGAUAGAUUCUAUUUAUUUAUUAUAGUUUUUGUAAAUAGCUUAGCGGUAAGUAAGUAUUUAUUACGGUAAUCGAAUCCAAUGAAUGUUUAUAGAGUAUAGAUUAAUUUUUAAAUGAACUAAUACUGCAAACAUUGGUAAAAAAAGUAGAGUAACGAGUUCUAAACGCGCCCCAAAUGAAGUUCUAACAAUCAUCGUUGUCUCGACUCAUAAAUCAUCAUAUAAAGCGUCCAUUAUAAUUAAAUGAAGGAAACCCAAAUUUUAAAACGGUUUCAAAACGCCUUGUUAGCCACGAGUUAUUACAUAACAUAAUUGGUCCCAUUAUAAUAGUAUUGGGACUAAAUUAAUUAAAAAUGCCUCUUUGAUGCGUGCUCCAGUGAUGUGGGUAUAAUUAGGAGGUUAGAUUUCGAGCGUUGAUACGAAUGUUUCUAAACGAAGGCUGUCAAUGAUAGAAAAAGAUAGUCUCGCUUCACAAACGCCAGAGCGAGAUAAAUAUAGUUUUGUGAUGACUUUUCAGAUUAGCGUUGGUCUGUGGGUCUAUUAUUAAGAGAUGCAUUCAGAAACAUAUCUUGGGCUCGAAUCGCGUUUCGUAAUUGCUCGCGACGCGCCCAAAUUGUUUUUAAACAGUUGACGAUUGUUCUCCACGGCUAUUUGUCUAUGGUCUGAUACGAUCGGAUUGGCUCGUUAGGCUUUCACGCGUCGCACACCUGCUUUAAUUUUGAAUUUGGAAUCGACAACGUGUUAGGAAUUUAAAUUAAUUUGUUCCAAUUAAAGAUUGAAGCCUCGUUUGAGAUAAGUGGUGCGUUUUGGUUCUUGUAACUAAAACAAGAUUCUUUCCAAGUUAAGAGCCCAUCAACGCAACGUGUGUACACUAGCGCCACUGCCAAAUAAUCGUGAUUAUUUAAAUUUAACUAAAGAGAUUUAAAAAAGGGGGCCGCUACGUACUGUGGUUUGUAUUUAAGUAUCUUUUGAAUACAUCAAACUAGUUUUUAUGUUGCUGGAUUCGUUAAUCUAUGCGUCCAAAGUAAAAACGGCCGUUUUUGUUUUGUGUUCAUAGAUCGACGAAUCCAGCAACAUAAAAACUAGUUUGAUGUAUGAUCAAAAGAUACUUAAACACAAACCACAGUACGUAGCGGCCCCCUUUUUUAAAUAUCUUUAAUUAAAUUUAAAUAAUGACGAUUAUUUAGGAGUGACGCUAGCUAGUGUGCACGUUGAUGGACUCUUAAUUCUGAAAGCAGACAUUUAAGUAUAAUUUGUUCUAUAACCUGAAUAGUAUAAAAUGACAAGUUUUAUUAUUGAUUUUCUAGUUGUCAAGGGGUUUCAACAUAUUUUUUAUCAAUUAUUCUUUUUUUUAAACUUAUCGAAGUAAAAUUAUGGUCCUGCUUGUCACGGAACUUACCAUAGCAACUCAUAUGGCUCUUUAUUUAUGGGUGAAUUUCAAAAUGAUUACAAAAAUUUUACGUCUAUUUGACACUGUAUUCUUACAUUAUUUAAACUAUUUCUCAUUAUAUAUAUUUCGGUACGAAAUAGGACUCAUAAUUUACUUCAUCCAUCCCCCAUUCUUUUUCAUAAUUUAUAGACAAUUGACAUCUAGACUUUUAAAUAUGCAUAUUUUUUUGCAGACCAUCCUUAUUAUAGGUGAGAAAGCCUGUAUGAAUUUGUGCAGUAUUUCCCUCGCUAAUCUGAUAUUCACUUUAUGCCGCAAUUAAAGGCAGAGUUAAUGAGUCGUUUAAUUGGCAUUGUUCGCGACAAUUAGCCCGGGAUUAUGGGACAAGCGUGCUAGGUCACCACGUCGCUCUUAUACCCACACAGGUAUAUAAUACAUAUUACCUGUAACUACACCGUACUUAACCAUGCAGCUAAGCAACCGAAAGCUACAAAAAUUCCAUAAAACAUCAUUCAACCAAUAAGAGACACUUUUUAUUUACAUGUCAGGAGACCACGUAACAAUAUACCCGUUUACGCGGUUAUCACACUGAGGACCUAACCGCCAGCAUCGAAAAAUCGUUAUCUGCCUGACUAUCGUUCGAAUUUAUUCCGCCUCACACAUUUGGGUUUAACGGUAGUUAAAUAAAUAUAUAAAAUAGCGAAAAAUAUAAUAGGUUUGACAUCUGUUUUUUCCUACAUUAAGCCGUGCAUUGUAAUAUAAUAUGCCUUAAAUGAAAUUUAAAGAUAAAGAGUAGAUAUUUUGCUGCUUAAGUAAAUGAUAAAAGAAGUUAGCUCUGGCAUUUAGAAAAAUAUAAAAAAUGAAUUGAUCAAAUUUUUUAUAUAAUUAUCCAACUUGCUCCAAAAUUUCACGAGAAUCGGUUGAGAAAUACCUGUAGAGGGGAACAGACAGCCAGCCGAACAAAUAUAAGGAAGCAU